ACCAUGAGACUUUCAUUCCUUGCGGAAGCGAUGCUUGUUGGCUCGUUCUUGUGGCGAGCACAAGCCUUUGUUCCACGCGGCCACACAAACAAGGGUAUCAUUGCUAGCAACGGCAUACUUCGCACCCGUACUUUGAGCGGCAGCAGCAGCCGCUUGUACAAUCAAAUUAUUCUCAUCCUGGAGGAAGAUGAUGACAAUGAAAACAACGAUCAGCAGAAGAAUCCGGAAGAUGUUGCAUCUUCGUCAUCAAGAUCGGACCAACAGCAUCAGGCGGUAGGUGAGAUUCAAUUCAUUGUAGAUGGACCGAUACCACUGGGCGGAGGACGUUCGUCCGCAAUCUCGGGGUUCGUCCAAGAACUGCAAGAAAAGCAAAACAGCGCUGCUCCACGACCGUUGACCGCCAUGAAGCGAGCGCGACUCGAGAAGGAGAUUGCCUUGCUCCAAGAACUAGGCCAGGGUGAUGCGGCGGCAACCGAAUUGUCCAAUCUGUGGGUCCAAGAACGGGGUCCCGAUACUGCUCGGGCCCUCCAGAUGAUUGAGAUGCUCAUGCUACAAGGGGCCCUCCGUCAAGCCGAACUGUUGUUAGUGUCGUUGAUUAAAGGUCAUGACGAUCUCAGCUUUGUUGCACCGAUUCACUUGCUGGGAUCCUUGUGCUUUAUGCAAGGACGCUUUCAAGAGAGCAAGGAUCUCUACGAAAUUGUUCUGUCUCAGAAACCAUGGCACUUGGGUGCCUUGGCGGGAAUCUUCAAUGCAUGCAAGAAAUUGGAUGAUUAUCAGGGUUUGACGCAGUGGGAUCGUGAACAAAUGCCUUUGAUGCAAGAGAACCAGGAACUACGAAAGCAGUGGGCCAACCGAAUGGUGAUCAAGGCACAAGCGAAACUGGAGCAGGCUGAGGCAAGCCUUCAAGGCUUUUUCCACAGUGGUCUGAACCAACUUGGUUCGGAAGGAAGUGUGAUCCUUGACAGUGAUGAUGACAGCGAUGCUUGGCAAUAACACGGAAGCAAGGAGGACAACAGCGAGGAUGAACAAACUGUAGAAAGCAUACCGUAGCUAUGAAAGAUAGAGUAGUACGAGUUUCGCCUUGU